GCCGGAGCUUCCCUCCCCGGCACACAACAGCUGCUCCUGCUGCUGGAUCAUCUUCCACUUCUCUCGUGUCCUCCUCGCCUCUCCGCCCAUUGUCAUGGCCAUCGACGACAUUGCCGUCCAUAACGACGACCCUGAGGAGGAAGAGGAAGAGGAGGAGCAGGAUCUUGUGGAUCCAAUGGAUGGUCUAAAAGAAGCGUGUGGGAAUUCUGGUCAUUGUGUAGAAUUGAAUGAGAGGUUGAACACCUGCAAUGACAGAGUUAAUUCCCGUUCAAAGACAGAAGAGACUUGUUCUGAGGAGCUCUUCGAUUACUUGCAUUGUGUUGAUCACUGUUUGACCAAAACAUUAUUCCAGAAGCUGAAGUGAACGAAGACCAUGAAAAUGUAACGUUAGGUAAAAGUAAGAUUGAAAAGUGAUGCUGCAAUAUGAAGUGGCUCGAGGAUUUUUCUUGUCAUUGUACUUCAAUUGGACCAGCUAAUUUAGUUUGCAGGAAAGUUGUAAAUGUUUGUAAAUAUGGCUGUUAAAGCCAAAAGUAUCAUCUCUAUGCUAAAAAUAAAACAUUUCUUACAA